AUGGAUGACAUAUUCACAAACCCUUUUAGUGAUAUGUAUGGUUUCACUGUAAGCUCAGGAGGAUCAGGAAAUCCAGAAAAUGAUGAUUCUACAUCAAACAAUACCAACACAAAUCAAAUCAAAGAGAAAAGGAAGGAAGCAUGGGAAUCAGAAAGUGCGUUUGGAACUUUUAAUCGUCCUCCAAAGUUAAUGGCUAUUGAAGAUUAUACAAGAUGGGCAAUAAAAUUUGAAGAAUGGUUGAUGGCGUUUGCUUUCCCCAGCUGGAAAAGCAUGAAAAGUGGGUAUGCUGCGGGUAAAAACAAUGGUGAAGUAUUGAGAAGUAAUGAAGAGAUUGAUCUAUUCGUUGCUGAACAGAAAUGUGUAGCACUACUAUUUCAAUCUGUCAGGGAAGAUAUUAUUUCACUAAUCAGCUACACCAACGCCAAAGAUUUGUGGGAUAAACUGGGAAAGAAAUGUCUGGGAAGUAAAGAAAUCUUAAAGAACAAAACUAAACUACUAAAAAAGGAGUUUGAUAUGUUCAGUUGUUUCAAAAAUGAGUCAGUCUGCAAAAUGAUCGAACGUUUUGGUCAUCUUAAAUUGGAACUUGCACGUCAUGAUAUCAAAUAUCCUGAUGAGGAGAUAGUUGAUAAAUUGUUCGAUUCUUUACCAGAUGAAAUGGACUGGAGGUACUAUGCUUUGAUGUUGAAAAACACCAUUCCUCCAGAAGAACUAAAACCAGAUGUAGUGAUUGAACGACUGGAAAGCCAUGAGCUAGAAUUAAAGAAAACGUACAAAGUCAAUCAUUCAUAUCAACAAAAUCCAGAACUAUACUAUCCCAAAAGUUUGAUGCCCAAAGCCUCAUCACCGAAAACUGCAUUUUCUGCCGAAAACAUAUCUCCAGUUCCUAAAGAAAAUCAAAGCAACUCAAACAAAGAAAGUCACAGUGGAUAUCAUAGUGGGUCUACUUCUAUUCCUACUGCCUCGACAAAUCGUUCUGAUUCAAAGUUCUCAUGUAAUAUUGCUGUUGAUCUGAAAAAUGCACAAAACUUUGAUGAAGAAUCUGUGAAGCAACAGAUGGUGUUUCUAGCAUCUGUGCUAGAAUCAUAUGAGGGGCUGAUUGCUGGAAAGAUUGGGAAUACUAAUCUGACAAAAGAAGACUAUGAUCAGAUAGAUCCCGAAGAGAUGGAGUUAAUUGAUAUCCAAUGGGCAAUGGCGAGUGCAAAAGGCCACUUCAAACGAGAAUGCAGAAAUGCAUAUGUUGAAGAAUCUGAGAAUCCAUUCAAGGAUGACUACUACAAGAAAGCUAUCUAUCAUCAGAAUAAGUCCGAACCGCCAAGAAUAAAGCAAUCUGAAGACAACAAAGGAAAAUCUAGAGCCUUGGCAGUGAUUUACGAUGAUGAAGGAUAUGAUUGGAGUAAGGAAGUAUUACCUGAAGAUGAUGCUAUUGGUUAUGCUUUUAUGGCGAGUCAUAAUGAACCAAUUCAAUGGAAGGAUAAUCGUACAGAACAACAAAAGUACGAAUAUCGAAAAAUGGUUGCUGAAGCAAAGAUCAUCCGACUCUCAGGUAUUUAUGAGGAAGCUACACGUGCAAACCGAUGGGAUCCAGAUAGAGAGUGUUAUUUGGAUGAAUAUGGUAACAUUGCUGUCGACUACAAGAAGAUAGACAUUGAAGCCAUUAUCCAAGAAUACAAAGAAGAGGAUGAGUACUGGCAACACAAAUGGUGGGGUACACCAACAUCGAAAAUGAUCGAGGAAGAAAGAGAGAAAGAAAGAAGAGAAAAGGAGAAGAUAGAAGAACCUGUGAAAAUUGACACCGGGUUGAUCAACACUGCACAGGAGAUGACAGCUGAAAACUUGAGAGAAAUGGCUGAUAAAGUGCUUGCUGUCAAAGCACUUGAGGUAGAUUCUACUCCUAAUUCUGAGUCAAAGAAACAGGUCAGUCAAACUAAGUCAUCAACUGUGUCAGUGGUUGAUGGAAUUGUUAGCGUUGAUGCAGAAACCACUGUGGAUGAUGAUGAUAAACAAUCUGCAAUGGGACGAGGAAGAGACACUAACAAAGGACACAAUGUUCCAAGUGCAAUUGAUGAGGUCUCUACAAAAGGAACAGAAGCAGAAAAAAUGGCUGAGUGCUUAAGAAAAAGCAGAAUUGCUAAGGCAUUGUCUGAUACAACAAUAGUUUAUGAAUCUCAUGUUAGAAGAUUUUGGGACACUGCAAGGUUUGAAGAAAAGGAUAAUAAAAUUCAUGCAGUAGUCAAGAAGAAAGAUGAAAACAACAAGGAUAUUGAUGUUGAAGUAGUGUUUGGAGUAGAGGACAUAAGAAGGGUUCUUGAUUUACAAGAUUCUGACAAUGAUCCAACGAUCAUGUCAGAACGUCUUGCUAAAGGGCUAUGGUGUAGAUUGGGAUUUUCUUCACACAUCAACGGAAAAAUGUUCAAAAGGAGUUUCUCGAAACAAUACAGAUACUUAAUGCAUUGCUUAGUGCAUUCCCUAUCUCACAGAAAGGGAGCCUAUGAUGAGGUGUCUGACUACAUAAUGAACAUUGUUGUAAAAAAUUGCUUAGCUGGGAAAGACAAAUACAUUAUGUACCCAAGAUUCAUUAUGAUGAUCUUGGAUGACAAAGUUAAGGAUUUGCCAAAGAAUAAUGAUGAUAUUAUGAAAAUGGCUGAAGUGAAUAAGACUGCUAUUCUGAGAAUCACAAAGGAGAAGGAUGAUAAAACAAAAGAGUUGAUCUGUGCAUUAAAGGAUGAAGCAUACAUAGCUCCUGAAAAUGAUAAAUGGAGACAUGACAAUAGUGAUUCAGACAAUGAAGACAAUAAGAUGAGGUCUUCUGAAGAACCUCAAAGAAAGCUAAUUGAUGAACCUGUCAUAGAACCGAGGGAGGUGGUUGAUAAAGGUGUUGGUUUAAAAGAGACUUUGGAAAGCUAUUUUAAAAAGCAUGAAGAGGCUGAACAAGCACAAGCUCAAAAGAAAGUGGGUCAAGAAGAGGAAGCUCAAAAGAACUCCAGUAAUGAAGAUUCAGAAGAAACUUUAUCUGAAUCUGAACUGGUCAAAGAGACAGUGGGAAAAGGAAAGGUACAACUGAAGAAAAGACCUUUAAAGAAAAGAAAGAAUUCUGAAGAUGAAGAUUCACCGUACAAUCCUGAGGAUUCCCAGAAAAACAGAAAGAAAAGAAAAGCUACUCGCAGCGGUGAUAUUCCAAGAGUGGUUAGAGCAAAGAAACAGAAUGCUAAAUCACAAAAAGAGAAGGAAGGAAAGAAGAAACAGGACACUGCUGAAACUAGUCCUGUAGUUGAGAUACCAAAAGAAGAUCCUUUAACAGAAAUUCCAAUAGAAACACAAACUUCUUAUGAUGAUUAUGUGGAAAUCACCGGAGUCAAAUUUGCUAAACAAACAUCUGAUCGUCAUGAUAUUCCAGAAUCAUCACAACGAAAGACAGAUUAUUUCAACUUAGAUUUUGAUAGCUUGGGUGGUGCUACUGGAGAUUUCUUUAAAGAUAUACCAGAUAGUGAAGGAGACCUAUUUCAUGAUAAAAAGAUGAAAGAAUUGGAAGAAAAAGUUAAAGCCUUGGAAAAAGAAAAGGAAGAAAACGAAGCUGUACAAAUAAAGUUGAAGGAAAUGAUUGAUGAGUUGGAGAAACGGCAUGAAGACGUAAUGGAUGCAGUGCUUACAAAAGAUGAGAAAUUGAAUGAAAUGAAGGAAGAUAUAAAAGAUAAUGCAGAAGUUAUUAGCGCACUUACUGAUGAAAUUGCUGCAUUGAACGCCAAAGUCAAAGACUUGCAGAAUAUCAAUCAGACUUUGAAUCAACUCUUAAAUGAGAUGAAUGAAGCUUCGACAAAUGAAAUGAAGGCAAUGAAGCUAGAGAUGGAAGCUAUGAGAGCAGAUAAGGUGAUGAAAGAUAAGCAACUAGAAAUACUUACGGCUGUGAUUGAAGCACAUCUGAAGGUGAACAUCCACGAGGCUUUUGAUCAAGUUGACAUUAUCAAGGCAAAUGAAAGAAGGAAAGAAAGAGAAAGACAGCUUGCUGAAGAAGCUAACCUGAAAAAUAAAGGCAUAGCAGAGGAAGUUGAAGUUGUUGGAUCUUCACAAAAUCAACUUGAUGUAGGUGGAUCAUCUUCUCAACCAGAAAUUGAAAUGGUGGAUGCUCAAGAUGUUACAGUAAAUGAUGAAGAAAUGGUGGAAGCAGAAAAUGAAGCAGUUCAUGAACCAGAGUUUAUUAUGGUUGGUGAAUCUGUAGAACCUAUUAUUCCGGAGAAUGUUUUGAGAGACGUUCAAAUCAUACAAAGAAAGAAAAAGGCUAAAGAAGUAUUACUACUGGAGUACUCUACCGACAAGUUUGUAUUAGUUGGAAAAGCCUAUAGAGUGCCCUAUAGUGAAGAAGAAUCUGCAAAGCUGUUAAGAUUUUUUGAAUUAAAGUAUCAAGGGAAGAUAGCUAGAGGAGAAGUGGAAGAAGAAUCUGAUAGUGAUUUUUGGGAGGAAGAAGAUGAAGAUGAUGAUAAAGAUGAUAAAGCAGACGAUAAAUCCGAUGAUGAUGAUAAGCCUGAUGAUGAUGAUGAUCAAGGCACAUCGGGUUUGCUAAUCAAUGAUCCAUCCGUUCAAAAUAAAGUAAAUGAACUCAUGAAUGAUGAAGUGAAUGAACAGAAUGAUGAUGCAGAGUGUGAAGGGUCAUCUUCUGGAAACCAAUCCGGUGAUCAGGUACAUCAACUCACAUCUACUUUUAUUUCUUUUUCUGAAUAUCAUCAAGGAGAAGUAGAUAUUAUCAGAACAAGAGCUGAAAUGCUUGAGGAGUUGGGGUUAGAAGAUGGGAAGUUUAAAUUUGAUAUCGAAGAUGAAAUCCCAGAGUCUCCGAUUAAGAACUUUGAACCACAAUUUCCACUUGAAGCAGAAUUUUAUGAUAAUGUGACCAUAGAGACUGAUUCAGAUUCGGAAGAAGAAAGAAUAGAUUUUCACUAUGAAGGUGAAGACAUGGCAUUUCCUACAUUCACAGAGUUAUUUGAAGACAUGAAUGCAGAAUUAUUGAAAAGAAAAAUUGAAGAAAGAGUUGCAUCUGCUGAUAUGCCUGAACCAGUUCCAAGAGAAAUUUCUGCUGAAGAGAGAAAGAAAUGGUUCAGAUCAAUGCCAAAGGAAAGAAAGCCUCUUAGAGCCCUACAGUGCAUUUCUGAUCUUGCUACUUUACCUUGGUGGGACGUAGAUGAAUUGGUGGUUACAAAGAAUAUUAAACAACUCUACUACGGUCCUGAAGUAAAACAGAGAGACCAGAAGCUGUGGAAUUACAUCAAGUAUCAAGCAACGAUCAAUUAUCCAGAUUGGAAACCACAGUUUCCUAAAAGAAUUGUGAAGUAUACAGCUAAAGGUGAGAAGGACGUUACUCUUGAUGUCAAACCGCCAAAAUGUUUGAAGAGCAUGCCUUUAAGGGCUAUUGAGCAGGAUUUCUAUGAUUUAUUUCAAGCAUGGCUCUAUAAUCCUUCUACUGCUGAAGCUGUGAUCUCUUUGUACGAUAAAGACACUGGUGAAGCUAGGAAAAUUUGUAUUCUAGACCCGAUGUGGCUGGUAAAUUGCUCAAAGAAAGACAUAGAUUGCUUGUUUGUCAACAAGAUAAUCUAUGACAAGAAAGACAAAGCCAUUGCUCAGCAGUACCAGAGUGUAGUUGAUGUCUGUUUUGCUAAAGAAAUCAACUCUGGUAAGAACUGGAAAACCUCAUGGAGAGAACUAGAGGUUGAUGAGUUUCUAAAGGUGUACAAGAGAAGUUUAAGAUCCAAGGAAAUUCAGAGAAAAGCUGCUGAAAGAGGAAGACGAAAUCUUGGAUUUGUACCUCCUACUGAUCAGACACCCAUAGAGUCUGAAGAGAACAAGAUCCCUAAGUGGGACAGAAAAAGAGAUGGAGAUCCAGUGUACAGAAAUUGGUGGAUAACAGAGGGAAGACAUAAGAGAAGACAAAUGUUAGCUGAUCGAGAAGAGAAGAGAAAACAAAAGGCACGAGAUAGAAGACGCAACAGGAGACUAUUGAACAUGGAAAUCAUAUGUCUUUCUGUAUCUGUAUAUGAUUUGCUGGAUUCCGCACAGCAAUCAUAG